UCAGUUGGACGUCAACACGGCGUCAGGGUUGAAUGCACCAUUGGACAACCCUGUGUAUAUGGAGUGCCCCGAGGGAUACGAGAAGCCAGGGUGCGUCAUCGCUGCAGAAGGCCAUUUAUGGGCUGCGAGAAGCACCGCGUGCUUGGAACCAGCUGCUGGUGAAAUGGCUGAAGUCCGUGGGCUUCGUAGCUCUCGAUGCAGACCCCUGCAUAUUCACAUUCAACAGCAGACAGUUGUGGUUGGGCGUGGUGGUCGAUGAUAUCGUCUACACAGGGAGCGACGCUGACCCGAGAUGGUUCCUGGACGCAAUCGGACACCCUGAGACGGGUCGAUUUGCCAU